AUCUACGCCCAACCAAGAGGAGAGUGCAGACAGUUUGGGGUCUUUCCGUCCUUUAAAUUAGUGAAGCCGGUCCACUCUCCACAGCCAUCCUCUGGGACCACACACGCACAUUCCAACUGUCUCUCUCCUCCCUCCCUUUCUCUCUCUCUCAACACACACACAUCCACACACGGACGCUCAUAUAGGAGGAUCCCGGCAGAGAGCAGGAGGGUGCACAGUCGAACGAGCACCGAGGCGCACUACUUCUUUAACUUCCCCUGAACCGCCUCAGCUUCGUGCUGCAUCAACAGGGACCUACAAACAAAGGGGGCAGUUCUAGUUCCAGCCUCGUCCAGACAGUCAUACUGCUAGUCAUCUGUUUCAGCCCGAAUCCUGCGGAUUUUAUCCUUCGUCUUUCUGUCAGCGAACACCGCACUUACGCAGAUCAAUUAAGGGGCACGCACGUUAGGCGCGCUGCUAUUGGGCUGUACGGGAAAAUUGAAGCGACUGUCGGUGUGUGGGUGCUGCAGUGUUCACCUGCAUCUUCAGACUUGGAGCAGAGCAACAGCCGCCGGCGGCGCAUCAGUGAGGUAGAACAACCCUAUAUCAAGCUGCAGCCAUGGAAGAGAUGGACCUGCCCCAGAUGAAGAAGGAGGUGGAGAGCCUCAAAUACCAGCUGGCCUUCAAACGAGAGAAAUCCUCCAAAACAGUCACAGAUUUGGUCAAAUGGAUUGAGGACGGUGUUCCCGAAGAUCCCUUUCUAAACCCAGAGCUGAUGAAAAACAACCCGUGGGUGGAGAAAGGCAAAUGCAUCCUCCUCUAGGAAGAAGAAACCUCCAACCGCCCAGGACCGCCAGUUUCAACAGUAACCCUACAGAUGACCCCUGAAGCCGACCCAGACUGUGAGGGCAGAGGCGGGACAGCGCCAAAUGAGCCCUCACCAUGAAUGUACUACAGCUGAUAUCCCCCACCUCACCCCGCACACACAAACAGCAACAAGUGCACAGAAACAAUGACACUUGCACACUUCAUCGCUCCAAACCUUGUCUGACUCUUCAAGUUUAUUCCUGCCAAGGCAACCUAGCAUCACUGUGAUAUGAGAGCAACAAUUAUAACUUGUACUACACUGGUUUGUAUGAAUAUACUGUAUGAUUGUUUAUUUAUACUGCCAUCAGUCGCAUUUUCUUAGCAGAAGUUUUUUUCUAAAUUCCCACUUUAAUGAAUCAGAGGUGUUUAAUACCAUCACAUUCUCACUGCCAGACUGACUAUAGGUGUGCUGGAAGAAAUUUAAGGCUAUCAUCAUCAUUAAAAACACAACCACAUUUAUUAACUUUUAACUCAAACAAGAGAAUUCACAAAUAUGAGGCUAAAAAACUGAUAUAUGUCUUAGGAGUUUUAUUAAAACUGAAAUAAAUAACCAAGAAUAACUUUUCAGAUUGAGUAAGUAACUGUAGGUGAGUGAAAUCUGGUUUGGAUGGUUCUUCCAAUACAAAAGUUAGCAUUUACUGGGUAAUCAACAUAAGAGUGUUGUCCCCUGUAGACAUAUAUUUCUUUGCAUCAAUUAACCAUAGUUUAGAGAGUAAAACUGAUGGACAUAAUAAUGUUUGAUUUGAAGAAUUACAGAGAAAAAUCUUGUAAAUCUCAACAGUUUAGCUAAACGUUAUCGUUAGCAAAGACGUUUAAACUGUUGGGUCCAGUCCAUGCUAAAACAAUAGUCUGCAAAAGCGAACAUGCAAGUGGAUAUAUUCAGUAAUGACCCCUUUAAAAGUGGGGAAUAAAAAAAAAAAAAACUUUUUGGGUAAACUUGAUCAUGAACUAGCAGCCUACUUUGUAAAGAUUGAUUUCUGAGCAGGAACAACCAAAUAGCAGUUAUUAUGUGUUUUUCAAGAUCUGUCUCACUUUGUUCUGACUCUGCCACCAUAAACCUCAAAUGCAAGCUGAAAAACAUAAAGAAUAAGAGGUAAUGCUAAAUACUUUCUAAGAAAACAUGAGCUAUGAUUGUUUUGGGAGAAUCAUUAUUCUAGCAAUACAUUAGACUUGCUAAUAAUGUUAGCCCUUUGAAUUCAUUGAGACGUUCUGGUAUGGCGUUAGUAAUUUAGCUUUUCACUGGAGCUUUAGAGUUUUUUGGGUACAUUUUUUUGAGACACUGUAAUCCUUCCAUAGUGAUGGAUGUUAAUGACUUUUUUUCCUGUGUUUUUUGAUUUAUUUUAAUUGGGACAUCAUGUGUUGCUCUUUGAGGUCUUCUACUUCAUGUUGUCAGACAGUUUCUAUUUUAAGCGAUUGCUUGAUUCUACGAGUUUCAUUCUACAAGUUUGGCUGUAAUGCCUGGCUGAGAAAAAAUAUCUAUAGUGUAUGCAGUUAGGGAUUUCAAUAUAUCUUGAUAUCUCCUUGAAUUACAUAAGAAAAGCUGAUUUAUUAAUUUAUUAAUUUCUUAGCUGUCCAGUCAAAAUGUCACAGUCGUGCAUAUUGAAUUCCACCAAAAUGUCUCUGUAGAGGGGUAUAACUCUUAGCAUAUUAGAAAGUUAGCAUAGUGUAAACAUGUUAAAGUGAUCAUGUAUUAAUACAUGAAACAAAAAUAGUUAACAAACAAGAGUUUUGGGAGAAGUAAAAUACCUAUUCCUUUAUAGACACUCUCCAUAUAUUGGAAAAAAUUGUUUUGUCAGCAUUCAUAUUUGAACAUCUCACACUAUAAUAUAAACCCCUUUGCUGCAGUAGUCAGUUGCAUUAAUUUUUUAUGGUCACCACAUUAUUAACCUGUCACGUUCUGUAACACAGUUGUGGUUGAAAAACACAAAGAGAACAAAAGGAUUAACAAUAGCUGCCAUGGUAACUGGUGUUGACCCGAGGUGUGAAAAUCUGACUUGGUUCCUAUGAGAAUGUUCGCCAAGAAAGUUGUUUAAUGACCAGUGUCGUUGUUUUUGGUUGGUUAAGUGUACACAAUGCAACACUCUGUGACUGGAUGUGGCUACUUAUGGACAUAUUAAGAGAACCGUGGCUCUGCUACUCAAACUGUUUGAAGAAUACCUCUCUGAGUAUAUUUAGCAGCGUUUGUGCAGACUAUGCUAUCACCCAAGAAGCUUCCAAAACUAGCUUACUGCUGCCUUUUUCAGAUUUGAAACUUCAUUUAAUGGAGAAUCCUCAUAUUGAGCUUUAGCUUCAGUGUCAUGGUGUCGGUAGUUCUGCUUGUAUAGUCAUAGCAAAACUAAACUCUCGGUCUCUGGGGUGGGUUUAGGCUUCUGCUCCCUCUCCUACUGAACUACAGCCCCUAAAGACCAUGUACAAACAUGGAAACCAACACAAGAAACCUUUCACACACAUCCCUCCUCACAUGUAUAGAAAAACCCCUUUAACUUAUUAACUUAUUUAUUUAUUUAUUGAAGAGAAUGUUCCUUAACCUUUAGCUAUUUUGUAUAGUCACACCCAUUUCUCUUUAAGUCGCCCUUAAAAAAAUAAAAUUAAAUAAAACUACAAAAAAAGCUACACCUUGCCAGAUCACCAUCUACUACUGCCUUGUACACAGUUUCCUUAAAAUGAGAAUGUAAAUAUGUUGCAUGAGGUUCCAACAUCACCAAUGACCUCAGAGCUGGCCUGUGAAUGCAUGCGACUGCAAUCUUAUGUUUAUGUGUGCAUAUUUCAGAAAUAAAUUUGGACAAGAGGCUCCCAUGUGUGUUGCAGAGCACACAUGCAGCUGCAUCACACAUGCAAACACACAGGAGGCAGAGCAGAUCAACAACACACACACAUAUGCACGCUACUCAGUGAGAAUGUGUUUGAAGGGAGGAGUGGCAAGGACACUGGAGUCUGGAAACAACUUGGGACAGCAGAGCGUCACAUCUUCUCUGUACUGUAUUCAGUCAGAUGUAGUCUGUUUCAGUGGUCAUUCCUGGAAGUUUGAAAACUUUACUUCCAAAUGUAUUUUAAUUGUAUUUUAACUUUUUUGCCAUUAAAAGUUACUAAAUAAGCUAUCUAUCUAUGUUUUCUGAUGGGAAAGCAUGUACAGAGAUGUUUUACAUUCCAAACAUAUGCUAACUGUAACAAUAAAACAUAAGUGUACUGUUGUGUUCAAAAUAAUAGUAUUGCAGAGUCAGUAUCAAAGCAUGAAGAAAAAAUUAUUACAUUUGUUAUCAUUCUACAGAGUGGAAAAAAUUGACUGUUUAAAAAUAUAGCAGUGUCUGCAUUUGUCAUAAAAACUCAAACAUGUUCUAUUUAAACUGACGCUUAGAAGAUAAACGCUUAGAAGAUAAAAAUUUCCCACUUAAUCACUGAAGUUAAUUUUGUUAACCACCUUUUCUGAGAACUGGUUCACAUUUGUGUCACAUGGAAUCGACCAACGUCUGGCACCUGUGAAAUGGUAUUCCAGUCCUGAACCACUGCUCUGCAUUCUACAGUUCUUCUGCAUUUCUUGGUUUCACCUCAGAAACAGCAUGUUUGAUUCAACCUCACAUGUUUUCUUGUGGAUUAAGGCACAGGGAUUGGGUUGGCCACUUCAUGACGUUAAUCUUGGUGCUCUGGAACCAAGGUGCUGCUUGUUUACUGGUGUGUUUGGGGUUGUUGUCUUGUUGAAACACCCAUUUCCAAGUCAUUUCCUCUCCAGUAACAGGACCUCAUCAACUAUUUUGAUGCAUUCAAACUGAUCCCUGGUUUGCAAACAAUGGGCCCAACACCAUAGCAAGAGAGACAUCCUCAUACCAUAUGCCUCCGCCCACAUGCCUUACUCUGUAGUUUGGCGUGAACUAUGUGUUUGGAUGUCGUCAGACAGACUGUCUGCCUUGCUUUCAUUGGUCCAUAAAUGUUACAGAAUCUUUCUGCAGGCUAGUCAGUGGGUUCUUUGGCAUAUUAUAAUCUCUUCCACACAUAAUUUUUCUCAACAAUAGGACUUUGUGGGGCACUCUUGCAGAGACCUUGGUUUUACAUCAGUGUGUUCUAAUUGUUGCAGUAAUCACAGAUACCUUUAGGUCUUUGAUCACUCUGGAUCUGCUCAUUGCCAUCAUGGCUGUUCUAUACUCCAUUGGAAUGAUAGUUUUCAGUUUUCUUUCGUAAGAUUGUACUGCUAUUAAUUUGAACACAACUAGAUGCAAAAUGACACGUCAAAAUUGACAAUUAAAAAGAACUAGAACAAUGUUCCUUAAUCAGUCUAUGGAAGAAUUUGAACAUUAAUGUAUGAAAUAGGACAUAACUCGGCUAACAUGGACAAGUUUUUUUUCUAAAAUAUAAAAUAGCGUUAAGAUUUAAUGCAUUUGAACAUGCUUCGUUUUAGGGGAAUCAUUGGCAAAGCACCAAAAUGUCUCGACCUAAACUACAGAAGACGUACAUGAGAUGACUCCUACAUCUGCUUGUCCCUUGUCUGUUUCAUGUCCUGCUUCUGUAGCUUUACUUGUUUGGUUUGUUUUUCUAUGAUCUGAACUUGGGUAUGUAUGUCUCAUAUUACAAGAUUGUGACUGUAUAAGACUUUGUCUAGAUAUUUAGCAACAUAUUCUAUGUGAAGAGUGCUUUGGAAAAAAUAUGCAUCAGAUCAAAAGUCCUAGUAUAAGAAUGACAAUGAGCAAUAAAUUAUAGACCGAUUUUUUAUUAAAUGUUUUACAAAAACAUUUAACUUACUGAAUAAAGUAGAAGAUUUUUAGACAA